UUCGGGAGAGAAAGACAGAGUCUUGAAGGGGUUUUGACUUUUGAGUAAUAGGGUUUAGUCUUGGGAAGUUGGAGGGAGGGAUCGAGUUGAUCUUGCAUCUCAAGCCCUUAUCGUUCCAGUCGGUGGUCUAAAGGCAGAGUAGACAACCAUGUGUAUUGGCUUUAGGAAAGCUAGUGAGUGUUAAGAGAAGGAAACUUGCAGACUUUAUUUGAAAAAGUGGAUUGGCAUGAACAUUCCUGAAAGAAUUGCAGUCAGAUUGCCACAGCUGGUCUUCCCCUCCUCCUCCGAGGUGGUGCUCUAUAAUCACAAUCGUGUCCCAAAGUUGGGGUUUGUGCCAUUUUUAACACAUAAAAGGCAUUUAGGGCUGGGGUUUUCAAAGAAAAUGAGUUCGAGCAUGGAGAAUUGUCAUGUUGAUGUUCAAAAUAAGUUGGAGGUGGUUCGGCCUGCCACGGAAGUUUAUGCCCAAGAAGCAAUUGAAGCUCUCAAAGCUGGGAAGGUGAUUGCAGUACCCACAGAUACACUGUAUGGAUUUGCUUGUGAUGCUUGUUCUUUGGAAGCAGUCAAUAGAAUUUAUGAAAUGAAAGGACGUAAGCAUACAAGUCCUCUUGCAAUCUGUGUUGGGGAUGUGUCACAAAUACAACACUUCGCGGUCACUGAAUAUCUGCCUCAUGGCUUACUUGAUUCUCUACUUCCGGGGCCUGUUACUGUUAUAUUGAGGCGAGGGGAGUCGAGCGCACUUGAGAAAUCCUUGAACCCAGGAUUGGAUAGUGUGGGAGUCCGUGUACCAGAUUGUAACUUCAUCAGGGUAGUUGCUCGUGGUCUGGGAAAAGCAGUUGCCCUUACAAGCGCAAACCUUAGUGGGCAGCCCAGUAGCCUUUGCAUCAAGGAUUUUGAGAACCUCUGGAACCGUUGUGCGUAUGUUUAUGACGGUGGUGUACUUCCAUCCAAUCGUGCAGGAUCAACAAUUGUGGACCUCACCAGGCCAGGAAAGUACAAGAUUCUUAGACCUGGAAGCGCUAAGGAAGAGACUCUGGCAAUCCUUGAAAAACAUUCUCUGGUCGAGGAAGCUCCGGCGAUUUGAAGAAAACAUUUGAGACCAACUAUUGUGUUGUGGAGUAUCAUCAUCGAGAGAUUCUUUUAAAAAAUAUCUUUAGGAUUUGGGGGUGGGGGAUCCUGGGUUUUGAACCUGGUUCUCUCACUCUCACAGAAAAUGAUCAUAUGAUCAAGUCAAUGUAUGGCAUGAACUAGUAACACUAGCUUAGAGUUGUUGUUAGUCAAAUAUAAACAGAGAAAUAUUGUUGACUGGUUUUUGGUUCCUUUUGAUGCCUAAAAACAACACCCCUGACGUGUUUUUAGCCUUUUCUAACAGUCGACCAUGUAAAAUGAAUUCUGAGAAAAACUUCAAUCUUGUUAAACAGAGAUACGGGGGGGCGUAUUUGGUAUUGGAGAGCAGUGAAUCUGCUUCUCUUGAUAUUGUUCUUCAA